AUGGACGAAAAAAGAAGUAUUUGUAGAUGUUCCGAUACACCAGAAGCAGCCGAGUUUUCUUCAAUAAACCAAACUCACAUUCACUGCCCCUGUCCAAAAUGUGAGAACCGUGCAGUGUUCCCUAUGGUCGCCUGGCGUCAUCUAAGAAAAAGGCGUCUAGGUUCGGAUGACGGAGAAGGUACUUCGCACGACGAUCAAGAACCAGGAGAAUUAUCUACCAACUCGAUGAACUCACAAUUUGCUAGCUCUUCGUUCUCUUAUAGUCACUCUGAAAAUCGAUCUUCGGGAUUACUUAUGGCAGAUGGUGACGAACUAGAUAGUAAUAGUAAUAUCGAACAUGGUGAUACCUGUAUGCAUGAACAUGAUGAAUGUGAAAGCGAAAGUGAGAGUGAACCACGAAAUGAUUCAUCACACGAUGGAGAUUCCUCGGAGGACCAUAUGAACCGACCUGAUGACAUUCGCGACCGGCCGAAUGAUGUUAUGGACUUUGUUAGAGAUGCUGUGCUAAGACUUCUGGAAAUAAAAGGUGAAUCUGGUUUUUCAAUUGCCAAAUUGGAGGAUCUUCUUCGUUGGGGAAGGGAUCUGUAUUGUGUAAACAAUGAAGAGUCUGGUUGUCACUGGCCGUCAUCAUGGGCAGAUGUGCAAGCACUACUUGGUGAUAUUGGUUUCAAAACACCGAAAUUGUAUUAUAUCUGCCUCGACUCCAGCCAUCCAUGUUUGUAUGGACUCAUGGAAUCUAAGGAGGCUCUGUGUCCUCACUGUGAAAAACAGGGAACAAUUCCUUUCUACUACCUCAGUGUCAUAGACAAAGUUAACAGGUGGUUUUUGUCAGAAGACAUGUGUCGAAAAAUGACAGCACAUUGGCAGAAAAGGGAUCACUGGCUGCCUCCUGAAAGGCAGGAGAAUUGGGGAUGGUAUUUAAAGAAACAGUUCUGGGAUGGCAAGCAGUUUGCAAAGCUGUCAUACUUUUGGGAUCCUGACAAAGAAUGGACCCUUCCGGUUAAAUGUCCAAUGCAAGGUUGCAAGAACGUUAUUUCUGCAGAACAGAUACUGCAGAGCCCGCACACUGUUAUUAAUUUUGGUAACUGUGAAACCAGAGAUGUUGAGUGCCAGGAAUGUUUUUGUACAUGUACCACAGAAAACAACAGGCAACCCAAGGAACCUUGCAUAUGA